UAACACCAAUCCAGUUUGGAGCAUCCGCGCUAUGGGCCACGCUUCCUGCUGACCUCACUCCUCUCGCUCACAUCGCUCUUGCUUGCUGCGCGAUGCAAUCCCUCCUUUGUGCCUCUUCGUGACCAUGGCUUCCAUCCUGGAGGACGACCCCUUCAAGGACCCUUCGCUAGCCGGUACCUCCACCCCGCUGUCGCAGCCGCCGUUCGCCGUGAAUGUCCCCGCCACGCUGCCCGUGGGCAGAAAUGCCUCACUGACGCUGGGGACGGAUUCCUUGGUUGUGUUAGAUGAAGAGCUGCUGGAAAGCAGAGGCGCAAACUGCUGCGGCGUCAAUCUUGCUGGCAAGAAUAAAACCACUCGCUCGAUACCAUUCUUCAAUAUCCUCUGGGCCGAGACUUCCGACGACGGAGAGAUCAUCAUCCAUUAUGCGCAUAACGUUUCGAAGAAAGUCGUCCGCCCCGCGAUCAUUAGCUACAAACUAGACAAGCCGGAAAGCAAUCUGACAGAAGGAUGGAUGGAGAGGCUGCUGGAGCGCGCGUACGGGGCCUCCCAGAGGCAGAAGCGCAUCAAGGUGCUCAUCAACCCGUUUGGAGGGCAGGGCGGCGCGCAGAAGAUGUAUCACAAGCACAUUGCACCGAUAUUUGCGGCCGCGCGGUGUGAGCUAGAUGUAGAGAAGACGCAGUACAGCGGGCAUGGUGUGGAGAUUGGGCAGAAUCUGGAUAUCGAAGCGUAUGACGCCGUGGCUUGCUGCUCCGGAGAUGGUAUACCCCACGAGGUCUGGAACGGCUUGAGCAAGAGGGAAGAUGCUGCUCGUGCGCUGGUCAAGGUCGCCAUCGCGCAACUACCCUGCGGUUCCGGGAACGCUAUGAGUCUGAACUUUAAUGGGACGGAUAGCCCCAGCCUCGCAGCACUUGCUGUCGUAAAGGGACUCCGCACACCCCUGGAUCUGGUCUCAGUGACCCAGGGCGACCGACGCACUCUCUCCUUCCUCUCCCAGUCUGUGGGCAUUGUUGCCGAAACCGACCUCGCAACAGAGCAUCUACGAUGGAUGGGCAGCGCGCGCUUCACAUGGGGUUUCCUCGUCCGGCUCCUCGGAAAGACCAUCUACCCGGCUGACAUCGCCGUCAAAGUAGAGCACGACAACAAGGCCGCGGUGCGCGAAGUAUACCGCGCCGAGUCCUCGAAACCUCCUCUAACCCACGACUCCCGGCCUCUUCCACCUGCGGGGACAGGCCUCCCAGCGCUCCAGUACGGCACCAUCAAUGACCCCCUUCCAUCCUCCUGGACGCUCGUCCCACACGACCACCUCGGAAACUUCUACGCCGGAAACCUCGCGUACAUGUCGCCCGAUGCCAACUUCUUCCCAGCCUCACUCCCCUCUGACGGCUGUCUCGAUUUGAUCCGCGUCCGCGGUGACAUUGCACGACUUACUUCUAUCAAAACCCUACUGGCGAUUGCAGAGCACAAGUUUUUCGACUUGCCGCAUGUGGAUUACCAGAAGAUCAGCGCGUAUCGGAUUACCCCGAAGAAUCAAAAGGAUGGGUACAUUAGUAUUGAUGGGGAGAGGGUACCUUUUGAGCCGUUCCAAGCAGAAGUGCAUAGAGGGUUGGGGACAGUGUUGAGUAAGAGCGGGCAUAUGUUUGAGGCAAAGGGGGUGUGAAGGGUUGGUCGGGAGCGCGUGUAUAGGACUGGGAUUGUAGAUACCAGAGGAGCCAGCCGGCUAUUUCAAGCCAGGUGCGAUGGGUUGGAAAGGGAUUCAGGG